AUGUUAAUGAAGUCCAUAGACCUGCAUCAGCCAGAGUGGAGUAAAUCUAAGCGUUGCAAGAGUGCACAUUGUAAGGCAGACGAAAUAUGCCAAGAAGUUUCUGGAAAACCCAAAUGUGUACCAAAUAAGGAUGAGCCUUUGUGUUGGGCAGUUGGUGACCCUCACUAUCGCACCUUCGAUGGCCACCAUUAUGACUUCCAGGGCACCUGCACUUACACUCUCUCUAAAACAUGUGGGAAUGUCAAGGGACUCCCAGCUUUCAAUAUCGAGGCUAAAAACGAGAAUCGAGGGAAUUCUAAAGUCUCGUUUGUCAGCUAUGUGACCAUACAAGUGUAUAGUUUCACUAUUUCUAUUAUGAGACAAGAGCAUGGAUUUGUCAGAGUGGAUUACCAGCGCCGCCGCCUUCCUAUUCAUCUGAAAAGUGGCCAGGUUCAAAUAUAUCAGUCUGGCCGAUUUGUUGUCAUUGACACUGAUUUCAGUCUUAAGGUGCUUUACGAUUGGUUCUCCAUCCUAAAAAUAUACCUCGCCAGCAGCUACUCUGGAAGCGUUUGCGGAUUGUGCGGCAACUAUAACGGAAACUCUGCCGAUGACCAAGCCACACCAACGGGGGCAAAAGUGAGUAGCGUGGUUGACUUCGGAAAAAGCUGGAGCGUGGACAAGGGUGAAAAAUUCUGCUGGCACGACUGCAACGGGCACUGUAAGCCCUGUCACUCCAAACAUAUAAAAAAAUACUCAGAAGAUGAUCACUGCGGACUGAUGUCUAAAGAAAACGGCCCUUUUUAUGAGUGUCAUCAAGCGGUCGACCCAAUAAUCUACGUCAAAAACUGUGAGCACGACCUGUGCAUGAAUGAAAAGAGCAAAAUUAUCUUGUGCCAAAACCUUAAGAAUUAUGCCGAUGCUUGUCAAAGAAAGGCGAUUUCAAUAGCAGAAUGGCGAAAAUUGGCUAAGUGUCCCCUACAGUGCCCAGAGAACAGUAAAUACACUCUUUGCGGAAACCCAUGCCCCAAAACCUGCAACGACGCUGCACUACCCAACAAUUGCACUCAAUAUUGCGUUGAAUCAUGUGAGUGUAAAGAUGGCUAUGUGUUGGAUGGAGGUAAAUGUAUUCCCAAGUCCAGCUGUGGCUGCGUUUACGAGGGCAGAGCGUACGCCCAAAAUGAAACAUUUUGGGGUGACGACAACUGCUCAAAGAAAUGCGUUUGUAAUGCAACCACCAAGAAGGUGGAAUGCAAGCCAGCGGGUUGUAAGGGAAAUGAGAAGUGCACGGUGGUCAACCAGAUCCAAGACUGUUACUCUCUAUCCUCUGGUACCUGCGCAACUUUUGGAAACCACCACUAUAAAACCUUUGACGGGGCAAGAUACAAUUUCCAAGGCACGUGUCUGUAUCAGUUUGCGUCUCUCUGCACAAAGAAACAUGACUUAGAGGACUUCCAAAUUAAUAUUCAAAAUCGGAAUAGCGGCCACAAAGCCAUUUUAAUGCAGAUUAAAGUUUUUAAUUUCACUAUUGAGAUCAACAGUCAGAACAAAGACCACAUAAAGGUGAAUGGAGAAUUGACCAACCUACCCUUUGUCGUCGGCUUAGGCAUGUUGUCUAUCUACCAGCAUGGCUUUUAUGUUGUCCUCCAGACGAGCUUCAAUUUACGAGUUACUUUUAAUUGGGAAAAUCAUGUCAUUGUGACUGUUCCCAGCUCAUAUUCAGGAUCCGUCUGUGGUCUAUGUGGGAACUUUGAUGGAGACAAGUCCAAUGAUUUUACGACGAAGGGCGAUGAUGUUGCUGCCAGCCCCAUCAGCUUUGGAAAAAGUUGGGUUGUGGAACGGUACCCUGAAUGCUCUGAUGAGGCUAAGGGAAACUGUUCUGAGUCAAAGCUAUUUGAACUAAAAAAACAUCACCAUUCCGGCAAUAAGGAAUGUAGUGUCAUCUUGGACAAGAAAGGUCCAUUCCGUGAUUGUCACAAAUGCGUAGACCCGGAGGAUUAUUUCUCUGACUGCGUAUUUGAUGCCUGUUCCGGUCACAAAGAGAAAACCGUAUGCAGUGUUGUCACCGCAUAUGCUAUUGCUUGUCAAGAUGCGGCAUGCAAUAUAUACCCAUGGAGAUCUGAGAAAUUCUGCAAUCCAGGCUGUGAGAAACAUAGUCACUUCAAAGCAUGUGGACAUGAAUGUCCUCCAACUUGCCCCGUGUCUUCUCCUCCAUUGGGAUGCAUCCCAGGAUGUUUAAGAGGUUGUGUGUGUGAUGACGGUUAUCUCCUUAGCGGUAGAAAAUGUGUCCCUCUUGAGGAAUGCGGAUGUAACCGCAAUGGCCGAUACUACAAGCUCGGAGAAAUAUUUUUCUUGGGUGGAAAAUGUGGUCAAGAGUGCAAGUGUAUGGAAAACGGGGUCAUAGAGUGCACUGAUGCGCUUUGUGUGUCAAGCGCUAGUUGCUCCGCAGCUGGGGAUCCCCAUUACAAAACUUUUGAUGGUCUCACCUAUGAUUUCCAAGGAUUCUGUAGAUACACACUUGCCAAGACCGUCACCGAAAAUUCCAAAUUAACACCCUUUGCUGUCAGUGUGAGAAAUGAAAAAUGGGGUAACGGCUGUGUAUCUGUAACAAAAUCUGUAUCCUUGGAGGUUUAUGGCUACACCUUAAGUCUUCAGUACAAACGUGAAGGUGUCAUCACGAUCAAUGGAAUAUUUAGUAACCUUCCAUUAGACUUGGAUAAUGGAAAAAUCCAAGCCUACCAACACGGGUUAAGCUCCUUUAUCCAAACCGACUUUGGCUUGAAAGUCAGCUAUGAUCUGGUUUAUCAUGUGGUUGUCACUGUCCCGGGAACCUACAGUGGCCACCUGGGAGGACUGUGCGGUAACUUCAACCAAAAUAAAAAUGACGAAUUCCAACGUCCAGACAAAUCGUUGGUUCCAGACGCCUCCGUGUUUGGAGAGUCAUGGAAGGUGUCGACUCCUGGCUUCCUCGCCAUUCAUCCCGACUGUGGAAGUCCCAAACAGACAUGUAAAUGUGACGAAAGCAAAAGUAGACUCUUUAAGACCGAACAGUACUGUGGCUUCCUGAAGAAGAAGGGGGGUCCUUUAAGUGCUUGUUACGACAUAGUAAAUCCCGAGAGCUAUUUCAAUAACUGUGUCUAUGACCUGUGUGCAGACUCUUCUAUUAAGGCAAACACUCUUUGCUAUAAUAUCCGUACUUACGUCAAAGACUGCCAAGAAGCUGGGAUCCAAAUCCAAGACUGGAGGUCUUCCAAAUUCUGCCUUCUAAGUUGCCCGGCCAACAGCCAUUACGAGCUAUGUGCCAAAGUCUGCACAGCCACUUGCCCUGGAAUUGCAAUGUCUAUAAAAUGCCCCAGUUACUGUUCCGAGGGCUGCGAGUGUGAGUCGGGAUACUACAACGAUGGAAACCGGUGCGUGUCGAAGACAAAAUGUGGCUGUUUCAUCAAUGGAAAAUACUACCAGCAUUCACAGAAGGUCAUCUCCAAUGACUGCAAAAGCAUCUGCACCUGUGACGAAGUUCAUGGAUACCGUUGUGAUCCGUUUACAUGCGGCCGUAAUAAACAAUGUCACAUAGAAAACGGUACUGUCUCGUGUUCUCCAAUAGAUCAGCCUUGCCCCAUGAAUAGUCGUUUCAUUGCCUGUGCAUCUGCUUGUCCCGCUACGUGCGAGAAUCCCGCGGCUCCAAAACAUUGCAAUAAACAAUGUGCAGAGGGUUGCCAAUGCAACGUUGGGUUUGUCCUCCAUGAAAAAGAAUGCAUUCGUGCUUCAGACUGCGGUUGCAAAUACAACGGCGUCUUCCACAAAAACGACCAGGAGUUUUGGGGCGAUGAUCAGUGCCGCAUGCAUUGCAAAUGUGAUCCAAAUUCAAAGAUGGUGGUGUGCAAGGAGACACACUGCAAGUUGGAUGAAAAAUGUAUGGUAAUCAACAACAUCCGUGGCUGUUACCUAGCUGGCUACUCAACGUGCACGGCCUUUGGAGACCCUCACUACACAACAUUUGAUGGCAGGAGAUUUGAUUUCAUGGGCACCUGUAUUUACCAGUUAGUUGGCGUGAAUUCCAGCCACUCGUCCCUAAAGCCGUUCACCGUCAAUGUUCAGAAUAACAAUCGUGGAAACAAAGCCGUGUCUUACACCAAAACUGUCACUUUAAAUGUCUACGACCAAGUUCUAGAGCUCAACAUGGAUUAUCCACAACGUCUUUUGAUCAAUGGGGUUGUUAGCUCGCUGCCUUUCAAGGACCAAACUAACAAAGUUGUGGCGUUCAUCAGCGGCGGUCGCGGCGUCAUAAAAACAGACUUUAAUGUGACUGUGACCUAUGAUUGGAACAGCCAUGCUACAGUAACCGUACCGGGCACUUAUGCUAACGCUGUUGCUGGCUUGUGCGGUAAUAACAACAAGAAUCCCAAGGAUGACCUAAUAAUGAAUAACGGAAAAGUAGCUACACAUGCUAUAGGUUUUGCAGACAGCUGGAAAGUUGGCAGUGUCCCAGGAUGCACUCGAGAAUGCACGGGACAAUGUCCUAAGUGCUCAGAUGCUCAAAAAAAACAAUAUCACAGUGAGAAGUUCUGUGGCAUCAUCACAAAGUUCCGAGGGCCAUUUAGCCAAUGUUUCUCCAUCAUAGACCCAAAACCUUACUUCGACGAUUGUGUUUUUGACACAUGUCAAUACAAGGGUCAUCCAUCGGCUUUCUGUACGGCGAUCCAACUUUAUGUCCUCGCCUGCCAGUUGGCUGGAGUCCAAGUCCAAAAGUGGAGGUCGUCAAGUUUUUGCCCUUCUCAGUGCCCGAUAAAUACUCAUUAUGAGUUGUGUGGAAAUAGCUGUCCUUCAACUUGCAGGGGUACUCUACCAAUCGAUAAGUGUGACUUCCGCUGCAGGGAAAUGUGCGCCUGUGACGAUGGCUUCAUUCAAAGUGGCCAUAAAUGUGUCCCUGAUGAUCAGUGCGGCUGUGUCUACAAGGAAAAGUAUUACCAAAAGAAAGAAGUUUUCUUCCCUGAAGAACGUUGCAACAAAAAAUGUCAGUGCCUGGAGAAUGGAAAUGUCAAAUGCCACGAUGCACAGUGUGGCCCUGUUGAAGAAUGCAAAGUGGUCAAUGGAAUCCGCGGCUGUCAUCCAAAGACAUACGGGACAUCACUGGCAAUAGGAGGCCGACACUAUACUUCCUUUGAUGGCCUUCGCUUUGACUUCCAAGGCACAUCAAACUACACUUUAGCAAAAGUGGUGAAAGAUGACCCCUCGGUGGCGAACUUUUCUGUGGUGCUGGAGAACGAGAGCUAUGACAAUGGAAAAAUGGCAGUAACGAAGACGGUGGUCGUUUAUGUUUAUGGGUACACCAUAGCCUUUGAAAAAGGGAGAAAGUGGAAAGUAAAGGUUAAUGGAGAGUAUCUCUACAUGCCCUUGACUCUUCUGGAUGGAGGCAUCUCAAUAAGUCAACAAGGGAAUAACAUUAUUUUACAGGUCGACUUUGGCCUAAAGGUCCUUUAUGACACGGCCUUCUAUCUGAGCCUCAAAGUUCCAAGUACCUACCAGGGUAAAAUCGGAGGUCUAGGUGGCGAUUUCGAUGGCGUUGUUGCAAAUGAGUUCCAGCUUCCCAACAAGAAUGCCGUGGAAGAUGUAAUUGAUUUUGCUGCUGGCUGGAGAGCUAACCCAGUUGGUUCAGAAUGCAUUGAAGGCUGUGAAGACCAGUUUCCUACAUGCAGUGAAACAGCAAAUAAUCUUUACAAUGCCCCAACAUCUUGUGGCAUGAUCACUGAUCCACAAGGACCCUUUAAAGCAUGUCACGCCACCAUCAACCCAGAGCAAUACUUUAAAUACUGUGUUUUCGACGCCUGCAUUGCCGAAGGGAGGACUGAUGUUCUGUGUAGGAGUCUUCAGACCUACGUAGCGGCCUGCCAAACAGCUGGCGUGGUGAUUUCCAAGUGGAGAACACAAUUAUUUUGCCCUUAUAUCUGUCCGGUAGGAAGCCGUUAUAAACUUUGCACGAGUUCAUGUGAUAGAACCUGCUCCGUGAUGACGGCACCAGUUCGAUGCCAGGAACAAUGCUUCGAGGGGUGCGAGUGCAACUCCGGAUAUCUCUUUGACGGCGAUAGAUGCGUCCCUGUAAAUAAAUGCGGUUGUGUUUUUAGAGGAAGAUAUCUAAGAGUUGGGCAGACUUUUGUUAAUUCCGAUUGCAGUAGGCGAUGCACGUGCCAAGCUGGAGGCAUGGUCUGCGGAACAGCGUCUUGCCAUAGGGUUGAACGAUGUGAGAUAAAAAAUGGACUGCAAGAAUGUUACAAAAACCCAGGAGACUGCCUGGUUAUGCCAAAUAAGUUCGCCUCUUUCGAUGGCCUAUUACUGCGGCCUUUCCAAUCUGGUCUUUACGAGGUGAUCUCUCUGUGCGAUAGUACAUCGGAUUCAUGGUUCCGAGCCCUGGCAGAUAUUAAGAAAUGCCAAAAAGGAGGGUCUUUGGUUGCCAGGGUCCAUAUUUUUAGUCGCGUUUCCCUUGUAACCAUCUCAAGAUUCAAGAAAGCCUGGGUGAAUGGACGGUUAACGUCUCUUCCGGUAGAGGUGCCUGGCCUGUUAUCUGCAAGCGGUAAUGAAACCUGGGUUGAGGCUCGGAUAGGCCAAGAUUUGAAAAUAGAAUUAGGUGUGAAUGGCGAUCUGAUACUAAGUGCAAAAGAAGGGAUGUCCGGUGCUUUGUGUGGAGCGUGCGGGAACUUUGACGGAAAUCCCACAAACGAUCUCCAGACUCCUAAUCGGCAGCCAGCUUCUAGUAUUGCACAGUUCAAGACAUCUUGGAGAGCACCAGACUUCUCUAACUGUGAAACCUGAACAGCGAUGAAGCAAAUGAACAAGAUGUGUCUUCCCCUAUAAAGUCCGACACCCAGACCGAC